AUGAGCUCCUCUAAAGCUUCUACGUCAAGUCAUGAUGAUUUGGUGCCUUCGUCACCAUCAUCUUCAGAAGAAAGCCAACGCCAACAUGUGGCCAAUAAGAGAAAGGAAAACACAACUUGCAUACAAAAGUACAAUCGACAGUGGGAAGAAGUGCCAGAAUUUAAAGGAUGGCUGGAAAGCAGUAAAAAAGGGAUUACGUACGGUCAUUGCAACGUUUGCAAUAAGGAUUUUGUCUGUGGUAAAUCAGAAAUAAUGAAGCAUUCUAAAGGCGCAAAACAUCUAAAGCUAUGUAAAACUAUAGUAGGUAAACAAACCAUUAUAACCGACAUGCCAUCUUUGCAGCAGAAAAAAUUGUUAGAGGUAAAAACAAAAUCUGCCGAAAUGUGGUUCGCUGCUUUCGCUGCAGAGCACAACAUCGCUUUUACUGCUUUUGAUCAUUUAUCCCAGGUCAUUCGUGAAAGUUUUACUGACUCCGAAAUAGCUAAAAACUUUUCAGCAAAUCGCACAAAGGUUACUGCUAUAAUAACAAAUGUUUUAGGAUCGUAUAGUUUUGAAAACACAGUGAAACUUCUACAAUCAAAUUAUUUUUCUUUGAUUGUAGAUGAAUCAACUGAUAGGGGAACCAUAAAAAGUCUAGCUAUGGUGGCAAGGGUUUUUGACAAAAAUGACGUAAACGAUAUUUUCCUAGGUUUACUGCCGGUACCAAAUGGUACUGCUGAAGGGUUAUACACUUCAAUUACAGACUUUUUCGCGACGUGUUCUAUUGAUUAUAAAAAAAAUCUUAUUGGGUUUGCGUCCGACGGUGUAAGUACCAUGAUGGGUAUUCAUAAUUCUCUUUCAACUAAGCUUAAAGCCGAUAUUCCAGAUCUGAUUUUAAUGAAAUGUGCUCAAUAG